AUCUGCCUUCUCCUGACUCUUUGCCUCCAUAGAUUCUUAUGAUUUUUUGUUUAUGCCUUUCUUUUCAUCAGAUCUAUCCUGAUAAUCUUGUGAUACCUCGUUUCUUCGGCUUUUUUAACUUGGUAUCUUCACUACAUCCAACGUGACACCAUGGGCGAUGCACUAUGCGGCCCGUCGAAUGCGCUGCAGAACUUCCAGAAGCAUACGGCCGUUGAUCGGACCUUGCAGCAGGAUCGCCUGAUUUCCAGACAACCAUCAGGCCAGGGAUUCCGGUCACAAAGCCCGCGGGAUGGAAUCCUGGACCCCGAGUUCGCGGCGUUCGAAGCCAACCACGGGGUCCCGGGAAACUUAACAGAUCUUCAACACCCAGCUCACUUUCAAGCUCCUACUCAGCAUCCCGCAGCUAUACACCAGGGGCCCAACUGGGCCUCGGAUUUCCAAAACCUACACAUCUCAGGGCCAGCGCCACCCCAGCUACAAGCGCCGUCUAUUGCGCCAGCGCAAGCCGGAUGGCACAAUGAAUAUAUGAGCCAACAGCAUCAACAGCGAGCUGCAAACCAUCAUGCACAGGCACAGCAGCCGGCACACCAUGCAUUUCAGCCUGCUUUCGCGCCUAGCUACCCGAUGUACAAUGCGUCUAUGAAUACCCACCAAGUCCCACAGCAAGCUCCCGUGAUGAACGCAGCACCAACGGAGCAAUUUGACGAGUCUGCUUUCGAGGCAGCGUUUGAACAAGCUCGAGCCGACAUGCAAGAGCUACAAGAAACAGAAGUUGCGCCUGAGAUCGAAAGUCUUGCCCACGAGGAAACCGUCCAACUUGACCCUGCCGCGCAAGUGCACGAAGAAAUCAGAAUCGGGUCGGACACCAUCCCCCAGACAGAGCAAGACCCUCUUACACAAAAUCGAGACGCGGAUGCCCUUGCACAGACUGCGGGCCAACUCCUCGACAGCGUUCGCCACGAACAAGACCAGAAGUUCCAACAAAGCAACUUCCUAGCACUGAUGCGGCGAAUUCGUGAUCGUGAGGUACAAGUGGAGGGAGACGAAUUCCGCGAAACGGCGCAAUCUCUCCAUCCCGGCGGGCGGUAUUACCCGGGCCAGUCCCCGGAACCGACCACGUCGCCCGACAAUUAUAGUAAGGAGUCUACCAUAUCCACAGCCCCAGAAACGGCCAGUCCCGUCUGACUGGCCAGAGUCUCCGCCAGAGAAUGACAUCCUCGAGCCUUAUUUGACCGUCGAAGAGGAAUCCCCUCGUCUGGGGACCAACCCAAACGCUCCGAUCUCUCCGAUCUCACCCGGAGAUAGCAACGAAAUCUACGAGGGGUGGAUUCACAGCCAUGGCUUGGUUGACCGACAGCGUCCGACCUUUUGUUUCCGAGGAGAGCACGAGGUCUGCUCGUGGUGAGGACAAGUUUGGGGGAAUGGCUUUGCAUGAUCAUAAUGUUAUAAUGUUAUAUCCUCAUAUCACAUACGGUUCACUCAAGAUUCAGCAUGCAUAAUAUGAUAAUAUGACACAGAGUAUUCAAAUCCCUG